GGCCUCCUCCCACCAAGCUCCAGACCUCCAGCCGUGCUCCCGCCUCCCGCCUUCCGGCCGCCCGACCGCCCCUGGGCGCGGUGGUUCCGGUCGGCAUGGCCGCGCUGCAGGCCGCGCCGGUGGAGCUGGGCUUUGCGGAGGAGGCGCCCGCGUGGCGGCUGCGAAGCGAGCAGUUCCCCAGCAAGGUGGGCGGGCGGCCGGCGUGGCUGGGCGCGGCGGGGCUGCCGGGGCCCGGGGCCUUGGCCUGUGCGCUGUGCGGCCGCCCUCUCGCCUUCCUGCUGCAGGUGUACGCGCCGCUUCCCGGCCGCGAUGACGCUUUCCACCGCGGCCUCUUCCUCUUCUGCUGCCGGGAGCCGCCGUGCUGUGCCGGCCUGCGAGGCAAAGAGGGAGAGAACGAAUCUCCUGCGCUGCUUAUCGCCCCAAAUGUCCGUACCAGCUGAGGGCUAAGCCGAAGCCAGUACAGGGGGUUCCCACAUGGUCCGCUAGUGCUGGUCCC